AUGGCAGCAAAAUCCGUCGUUUCCCCCCUCGCUCGUUAUCGUCAGUUGGCACCAUCGGCAUCCGUCUUUGUGUCUCCACUAAGCUUGGGGAGCAUGAAUUUUGGACACCUUCACCAACCUAUGCUUGGAGAAUGCACCAAGGAAACUGCUUUCGAAAUUCUCGACCAUUAUUUCGACCAAGGGGGCAACUUCAUUGAUACCGCCAACGCUUAUCAAGGCGGAGAGACCGAGAAAUGGCUGGGUGAAUGGAUGGCCGCUAGGAAAAACCGGGAUCAAAUUGUCCUGGCAACCAAGUACACUGGAAUGUACAAAGGCUUGGAGCCGGAUCUCAAGAUAAAGUCCAACUAUGGCGGAAACGGCGCCAAGUCCAUGAAACUUUCCUUGAACGACUCGCUGCAGAAAUUGCAAACUGACUACGUCGACAUCUUGUAUGUUCAUUGGUGGAAUUACACGACCACCAUUCCUGACAGUCCAGCCUGGGUGGUUGCUAAGGCAAACCAGUACGCCCGAGACCACGGACUGCGUCAAUUUGUCGUCUACCAAGGCCAAUGGAGUGCCGCUCUGCGCGAUAUGGAACGUGAAAUUGUCCCCAUGUGUCGAGACGAAGGGAUGGGCAUGUGUAUCUGGGGAGUGCUGAAUCAAGGGAGAUUCCAAACCGAAGCCGCCUUCCGUGAGCGAGAGGAGAACCAUGAAGGGCGAAAUCAUGGCCCUGUGUCUGAAAGAGACCGGCAAGUGUCCAAGGUUUUGGAGAACCUUGCAGACGCCAAAGGUGUAACCGUCACCAAUGUGGCGCUGGCAUAUAUCAUGCAGAAAGAGCCGUACGUUUUUCCCAUUGUUGGCGGAAGAAAGUUGGAACAUAUCAAAGGAAAUAUUGAUGGCCUAUCGGUGGCAUUGACGGGGGAGGAGGUGGUCCGUAUCGAUUCAGCAUACAUGUUCGACCCGGGCUUCCCACACAUAUUCUUGAGCGGAUCGGUUUUGAAAGGAACAGACGCCCCUCAAAAGAACGCCUCUCGCCCCAGCGAAGUAUGGUUGACAACCUUUCAGGGAACGUUGGACUGGGUGGAAGCUCCCCAAGCUAUCAGGCCUGCUCCUUCUUGA